AAGACACUUGACCUCAACGUCACGUUAUUUGCCAGGAGCUAAAGCGUUGGAAAAGCAAGAGUGAAUAAAACGGUUACGAAUAAGAGGGACGAUUUCUGCCAGUGUAGAAUAUGCUCGUCUUCCUGCGCCAUGCUAAAAGAAGGAGGGCCAACAUUCGGUUUCACCGACAUCGCCUCUUCCAUCAAAGUCAGCGGAUGUUGGCGCGGAGGUUUCGAAUGGAGGAGACGCAUUUACAGAAGAUUUGCCAAUUGCUUGCGCCAUUGAUAGGAGGUCGCCGGGUUCCAAGCUCUGCUGCUUUGGAGAACAAGGUGGUAAUCGCUUUACGCUACCUGUCCACCAACGUACAUCAAGAUGUUCUGGCGGAUACCAUCGGCGUCAGCCACAAGGAGGUUUCCAGUGCAAUUCGAGAUGUCGUCCACGCGCUUAACAAUCCACUAAUUGUGCGGCACUUCAUACGCUGCCGAUUAGGGGACAGUUACCAUUGCCGUAAAAGCGCCGCGGCUUUUGCCCGAACAGGACCUUUUCCGAACGUCAUCGGCGCCGUCGGCGGAAGCUGCAUAAGAAUACAGGAGCCAACGGAUUCUGGCUGGCAAUAUUACUGCCGCGAAGGCUUCACAGCCUUAAACGUGCUAGCUGCCGUUGAUGCCCGUGGACGGUUCUUGUAUGUAAAUGCGAACUUCCCAGGAUCUGUCCACGAUGCCAGCGUCUUUACCGCUUCGCAGUUGAAACAAGCUUACGAAGAAGGUUUAGUUCCGCAUGGCUAUAUUUUUAUUGGGGACGCCGAGUUCGCUAAUGGGAAUGAUGUUAUCACACCCAUCAGAAACCCCACAACUAAGCAGGAGGUCUCCUACAACGAAUGGCACUUGAAGAUGCGUUCUAUUGUUGAGGAGACGUUCGUGUUAUGGAGGAAGAAGUUCACUAUUUUGAACGAUAAAAUACGUGUGGCCCCAAAACGUGCUGCUAAAGUAAUUAUAGCAUGCGCAGUUCUUCAUAAUAUGAUGAUGGCUUUGGGAUGCCUGCGUUCAAAGAAACUUGGGCACAGACUAGCUAUUUGUCGAAAUCCGCCGGAUGACUGCACUGACAUUCGAUCUUAUUUGGUCAGCUGUCUGUAG